AUGUACGCGCGCAGCUCCAGCAGCGCAUCGGCGCCUGCCCUGGGCUUCCAGCUUUCCGAGGACCAACUUUCGAUUCAGGAAACCACGCGCCAGUUUGUCCGCGAGGUGGUCAUCCCGGCGGCGCCGCACCAUGACAAGACGGGCGAAUACCCGGUCGAUAUUAUCAAGCAGGCCUGGGACCUGGGCCUGGUCAACUGCCACAUUCCCAGCGAGUACGGAGGUCUGGGCUUUGGCGUUUUUGACUCAGCACUGGUCUCCGAGCAGCUUGCCUACGGCUGCACUGGCAUUCAAACUGCCAUCGAGGCCAACACUCUUGCCGAGGCUCCGGUGAUUCUGGCCGCCAACGAUGCCCAGAAGAAAAAGUAUCUUGGCCGCAUGACCGAAGAGCCACUGAUGGCCGCGUACUGCGUCACCGAGCCCGGGGCCGGCUCUGACGUAGCAGGUGCCAAAACCCACGCGGUGAAGAAGGGCGACAAGUGGAUCGUCAACGGACAAAAGAUGUGGAUCACCAACGGCGGUAAGGCUAACUGGUACUUCCUUCUGGCCAAGACCGACCCAAAUGCCAACGCUGGCAAGGCAUUCACCGGAUUCAUUGUCGACGGCAACAGCCCAGGAAUCACAGUCGGGCGCAAAGAGUGGAACAUGGGGCAGCGCGCAUCUGACACGCGCGGCAUUACGUUUGAGGACGUUGAGGUUCCCGAUGAGAAUCGCCUCGGAGAGGUCGGCCAGGGGUUCAAGAUUGCAAUGGGCGCCUUUGACAUUACCCGCCCGCUGGUCGCUUCAGCGGCUGUCGGCUUGGCCCAGCGCGCCAUGGACGAGGCGUCGGCGUACGCCCUGCAGCGCAAGACCAUGGGCAAGCAGAUUAUUGAGCAUCAGGCAAUUGCUUUUAUGCUGGCCGACAUGGCCAUCCAGACCGAGGCCGCCAGAAUGAUGGUCUGGCGCUCGGCUUGGCUGCGCGACCAGAACAAGCGCAAUACCUACUAUGCGUCGAUUGCCAAGGCCCUGGCCUCGGAGACUGCCAAUAAGUGCGCCUCGGACGCGGUUCAGAUCUUUGGCGGCAACGGGUACAACACCGAGUAUCCGGUCGAGAAGUUGAUGAGAGACGCCAAGAUCUUUACGAUUUACGAGGGCACCUCGCAGAUUCAACGACUCAUUAUCUCGCGCACAAUCGCAGACAUAGCCAAGCAGAACCAAUAA